CCUCCUCCUCAUCAUCCUUCUCCUCCUCAUCAUCAUCCUUUCCGGGCGCCCCCGGCCCCGCAUCCCUCCCGGCUGCUCCGGGGCCACGUGGCAGCGCCUCCCGCUGAGCUCACGCGUGGCCGCGGUGCGGGGGCUCCGGAGCGCCUUGUGCGUGCGGGACCGAGCCGAGCCGUGCUGAAGAGCAAGCGGGUUACGCAGCCCACCUCGUUCUGUGCAACACCCUCACCUCACCCCGUCCCUUCUCCCCCCCCUCGUUUUCUUCCUCCUCCGGCCUCCCGCAGCUAGUUAAAUAUUGCUUUUGUUAAUUGGCGCCCCGAGUGUUUCCAGCCCCGCGCAGCCCGGGCCGGCCGGCACCGCGAGCACGAAUAGAUCCGAGCGGUGAGCAGCGCGGAGAUGUGCGGGAGGAGGAGGUGUAGAAGGAGCGACGAACACAAGGCAGAUUUGCGUGGAAUCAUUUAAGCCAGCUGAUAUUUUUUGUUGUUUGGAUUUAAAUGUCACUCAAAGCAUCCCUUAAUCAGCUCUCUACUCGUCUCUGGUUCCUUCUGAGGCAUUAAUUGGAUCAUACGCUGCGUUUGAGGAGCUCGCGUGCUUUACCCGAGGAGGAAAUUUGCUCCAUCUCCAGCAGCAACCACUGCUCCUUUUGAUGUUGUGGUACGCCGUGCGCAUGCGCUUCACAUUAGAAUUACUGCACUGGCCAGAAUAAGUUGGAUCUCUUCUUCUCUUCACUGAAACCCUAAAUCAUAUCAAAAGCUAAAGGGAUGCUGAGAGUCCGGAAAAAGGGUUACUUUGGGAUUUGGUCAUUCCCUUUAAUAAUAGCAGUGGUGUGUGCACAGAGUGUCAAUGACCCUAGUAAUAUGUCACUGGUAAAAGAGACCGUGGAUAGACUGCUGAAGGGCUAUGACAUUCGCUUGAGGCCAGAUUUUGGAGGUCCCCCAGUGGCUGUUGGCAUGAACAUAGACAUUGCCAGUAUAGAUAUGGUCUCAGAAGUCAAUAUGGACUAUACCUUGACGAUGUACUUUCAGCAAGCAUGGAGAGAUAAGAGGCUGUCAUAUAAUGUAAUACCUCUAAACCUUACUCUGGACAAUAGAGUAGCUGAUCAGCUAUGGGUUCCUGAUACCUAUUUCCUGAAUGACAAGAAGUCAUUCGUACAUGGUGUCACUGUGAAGAACAGAAUGAUCCGCUUGCAUCCAGAUGGGACGGUCUUGUAUGGACUAAGAAUUACAACAACAGCUGCUUGUAUGAUGGACCUACGGAGAUAUCCGCUGGAUGAACAGAACUGCACGCUGGAGAUUGAGAGCUAUGGCUAUACGACAGAUGACAUUGAAUUUUACUGGCGUGGUGGUGAUAAUGCAGUCACGGGAGUCACAAAGAUUGAACUGCCACAGUUCUCCAUUGUAGACUACAAGCUUAUCACCAAGAACGUUGUUUUCUCUACAGGUGCCUACCCAAGGCUGUCUCUCAGCUUUAAACUUAAGAGAAACAUUGGUUACUUCAUUCUGCAGACCUACAUGCCUUCUAUUCUGAUCACUAUUCUGUCCUGGGUUUCCUUCUGGAUUAAUUAUGAUGCUUCAGCUGCGAGAGUUGCUUUAGGAAUCACAACCGUCCUCACCAUGACAACAAUUAACACUCAUCUUCGAGAGACUCUUCCCAAAAUUCCAUAUGUGAAAGCCAUUGACAUGUAUCUUAUGGGAUGUUUUGUCUUCGUUUUCAUGGCUCUCCUAGAGUAUGCUUUGGUCAACUACAUCUUCUUUGGCAGGGGACCUCAGCGUCAAAAGAAAGCAGCAGAAAAAGCUGCCAGUGCCAACAAUGAGAAGUUGCGAAUGGAUGUCAAUAAGGACAGAAGAAUAAUUGGCACAUAUCAUUGUCCAGAAAUGUAUUCAACAAAGAUGGACCCGCAUGAAAACAUUUUGUUGAGCACUCUUGAAAUUAAAAAUGAGAUGGCUGCCUCUGAGGCUGUGAUGGGACUUGGGGACCCUAGGAGCACGAUGCUGGCCUAUGACACUUCAAGCAUCCAGUACCGGAAAGCUGGCUUACCCAGACACAGCUUUGGUCGCAAUGCCCUGGAGAGGCAUGUGGCACAAAAGAAAAGCAGGCUACGGAGACGUGCAUCUCAACUGAAAAUUACUAUCCCUGACUUGACUGAUGUAAAUGCCAUAGAUAGAUGGUCGCGCAUAUUCUUCCCUGUUGUUUUUUCCUUCUUCAAUAUUGUCUAUUGGCUUUACUAUGUGAACUAAGAAACAAAGCCACACAGGAAGCAAGAACUGGAUUUCUCUUCAAAUCAGUUGUACAGCCAAAAGUGGGACUUAGAAAAAUUCUAUUCAGGACAAAAAGUUAUUUUAAAACACCUUAGUUGCUGGCCCACUCUAUGGUAUGUUUUUGUAACAUUUUGGUUGUUUCUGCUAAAUCAUAAAUAUGUAAAUUUGCAGUAUGGACAUAUCCCCUUUAUGAAAAUAUAAGUGUAUUUCAAAUGUGAAGGCAAAUUAGAUUCUGACAAUCAUCUCUGUCUCACUGUCUCUCACAGCUUCUUUUUUUUUUUUUAAUGCUCAUGUGAGUGUAGUGACACAAAUUAGAGAGGUAUUUGAGAAAAAAGUUUUUGUUUCAACCGCAGUAUAAACCAUUCAUUCCCUGAAACUGCGUAUCCAAGACAUGCAUGUACACAUAUUAGAGUGUACUAAGGCAUUAUCAUGCUUAUGAAACACACACUUGACCUUUUAAAGGUGUAAACUUGAAAACAAAUAGUGCCUAUCAUCUUUCCAAGAUGAUGAUGGUCAGAGGUUUCCCAACCGCAUUCAGGUAUUUCCUGUUAUUUAUUGAAAGAGCUAAACCUUUGACUGAUAAUAUUUGGGUUGGGUGUUUGCACAGAUACUGAAGCAAAAGCACUAGUUUUGUUGGGUUUUUAAGAGAGAGCAUACGCUCACAGUCCCUAUGACUGUAGCUGUGAUCAGUAGAGGAAUGUAGCAAUGGUAUAAGACAAGUUAAACAAUCAUGUCCUGAAUGGGUAGAUGUGCUGUUUUUUUGUGUGGGGAAGGGGAAUUGUUUGUCCAAUGUGCCAAAAGUUGGUUGGCCAAUUAGUAGUUCUCUUGGUGGUUGAAGGAAACCUAUGGUGCUCUGCCGUUCUACUGAAAGGUAGAGAACAAUUAAAAACAAAGCACCAGGGAAAGUGAAGGCUACAUAUUUGUAAAAGUAUAUAUACAUAUAUAUAAAAAUGCAUACUGUGCAAAUGAAUGUUGUCAGUUGUAGUACAUACCUUAGUCUGAAAUUCAUGUGGAUUCGUGUGAUUUUUUUACAAUUUGUUAUCUUUCUAGUGUUAUGCUUACCACUGUCAUUAUGCUUAACACCAAACGUCCAGAUUGAUUGAAGGUAUCGUACCUCUUUUUAAAGCAAAGAACUGAGCAUUCGUAUUUCAGUACAACAAUGCUGAUGUGUUUUUUCUCAGUCUGGAUUAGGCAAUGCCAUUUCUAUUUUUGUUUUGUUUUGCUUAGUGGACUAUUUUAAAGGGAAUAAAUUGGUAGCUUACACUAUCGUAGAGUGGUUUGGGCUGGAAAAGAUCUUGAAGACCAUCUAGUUCUAACCACCUGCUUUGGGCAGGGUUGCGACCCAUGAAAUCAGAUUGCCCAGGGACUCAUCUAACCCAGCCUUGAACACCUCCAGGGAUAGAGCAUUCACAGCUUCUCUGGGCAGCUCAUUCCAGUGCCUCGCCACACUCUUGGAAGUCUCUCCUAGGGUGUUUUCCAUUGGAAAAAGUACAAAAAUUCAAUUUUGCUUUUGGGAAAUUGUUCAAUUUUUUAUUUUAUUUUAUUAUUUUAUUUUAUUUCUUUCCAUAGAGCUUUAAUUUUUUAGGCAAAGUAGAUUUUCCCAUUUAGACCACUGUGGAAAAGUUUUCUGUAAUGAAAAACUAAAACUUUUCAGGAACUGUAUAAAAAGUAUAAAUUUCUGAUGGCUUCUAUAAAAGUAAAUUCCCAAUCUUGUUUAAAAGAAAAUAUUUAAUGAAGCAAAAGCCACAUGCUACUGUAUCUAUGCUACCUCUCAUGUGUAAAAAUUUCUGAAAUGAGCUCAAAUUACAGUACCUUCCAGAUAUCAUAGGAAAUGUUUUCAUAUGUAGAUAGUUUCUCCCCAUAUAACUUUGGCAGUGCUUUAAAAUAGCAUAUAAGAAUAUUUUUGAUAAAAUAUAUUAUUUGAAAAUUUUGUUCUUGCUUUAAAAGAGUAAUUUUCCAACAAGUUACUGUGCUUUCCUACCCCCUUUAACAGAUAGGAGGAAAACAGUUGUGGGGAACAUAGGAGACUUUUUGACUUUGUUUUGAGCAUAACACGUGUAUUCAUUUUCCAAAUGAGAGAUUACUGUUUUGAGGCUGCAUUUCAUGCACCAUGCAAUAAGCUUUGCAGAUGAAUAUGGAAUUUUAAGUAUGAAUCAUGCUGCAAUUUUUCCCAAUUCGUAGAAAACUUCAAAAGUGCCACAUCUAAAUGCAGAAUUUCUCUUCACAGUCUGUUCAUUAAUAAUGAUACCCGUUAUCAUAAAUAAAAGCCGUCUUAUAGUAUUCUACUGUAAAAGUUUUUCUUUCAUUCACAAAUUGCUAUCCAUUCUUUGUGUAGGGUUGGGUUUGUUUUGCUUUUAUAUUUGUUUGUUUCACAGAAUCAUAGUGUGAACACAGGGAGCUCACAGCUUGUUUGUGGUUGAUACACCUCAAAUAUGAAACUUUACAAAGAAUAUGUUGUUUGUCAGCAUUUACUGCAUGAAGUAAUUAUGAAAACCGCAGAGGCUGAAACUUUGAACUGCACAUUAGUUUAUCUGAAGUUAUAGUAUAAGCCAUAAUACUCUCUGAUGUCACUGUUCAGAGUGUGAAAGAAAAUGUUUGGUUUUUGCUCAGGUGUCACUAGAUGUAUUACCUGGGAGGAAGGAGAUCUUUUGCUUUUACAAUGUCCUUCUGGCUAUUAAUGUGGUAGAUAUAAUAAGUGAAAGGGAAGGUUUCUUCCAGAAAUUGAGUGGUUAUCAUUUUGUACUUAAGGCUAAACACUGUGAUACAAAAAGAUGCGGGUAAGAAAGACUGGCGAGGCAUGGUCAAGGGAAGAGUAGAACUCAAGAGCCCAUGGUGAGCACUUACUCUUUCUGAGAUACUUGAGUGAAAGUGAAAAAUUAUGCCAAUAUACGUGAGGCAUUGGUACCAAUGUGUGUGCUACCCUUCAGGUAAACUAGAAUAAAUUUGCUUUUAUUUUAGAACUGACAGAAAAUAUUCUAGAUCCUACUAAUUCUGUUGAUUAUUGAUAGUUUCAAUAAGCAAAAUAUAAAAUUUAAUUUUAGAUGAAUCUUGUAAUGCAAUUAUAGACACCAUUUUAUUGUUCUAGACAUGAUAGCCAGCAAUUAAGGUGUUUUUCAUCUUAUUGAAAUGCAUUGGCAAAUUAUGAUUAUAACAUGGCACAGUUUUAAUGAAAUCUUUGAGAUCAAUCUGUAAAUAUCUACUGUAUAUGACUGCUAAUAAGUAUGAUACACAUUUUCAGAACUGAAAAUCCGUGCAACAUAUUUCCAUGUUUGCAUAAGGAAUGUUAUGUUUCUAUCCUAUUGCAAUUUAAUGACUGGGAAGAAAGACUCAAGCAAUGCCAUUGUGAACAUUUCUUUUCUUGCUCCUGAGGAGGAAAGCAGAUAACAGUUUGUCACAGAGUUCUUCAGAGUUUUUACAUUCUAAUACAAAGGAUAUAAAAUCUGUAAGAUACAAAAGCACAAUGCAAAGAGAAAAUGAGUGGUGGUCUUGCACCUGAGGAGCAAAUCCUUAUUUCAGACAAAAGAUGCAUUAAAAUUAAGGUUUGAUUAUUUUUCAUUAUAAUUAUUAGUCUGUGUGACAACUCUAUAAUUAACACAGAACAUAAGUGAACAAAUGUUAAACAUUAUCCAACUAUAUGUGCAUAUGGACGUGUCUGUAUGGACAUAUGUGUGUAUAUAUACACACGGUGAGUAUAUAUAUACACAAACAUUCAUAUGUUGGUGUGUUAAAGGAAUAAGCUAAUAAUACUUUUGUUUCUACCAUCAACCAGUGUACGAUUAUAUUUUUGAGAAAAAAAAGAUUAUUGUAUUUUAAAAAAAAACAACUUACUAUACAGGGUAACUGGGCAUUUCUAUUAUCAGCAGAUCAAUGCAUAUAAUUCGUAUGGAACAUUGCACCAUUUGACAUGAUGGUAGUACUGUACCUCCUGCAUCUGAAAUUAGACUAGUCCUCACAUUGCUUGCCUAUUUCUUCUCUCUCUUUUUAUAACAGCAUUGUCCACUAGUAAGUUUUCAAAAACAGCAGUUCUAAGGGAACCAAGGCAAAAAGGCAAAAUUAUUAACUAUUUCUAGAAAAUAAUCUAGAGUGGGAUGGCCAGGGUACAAUACUAUAUCAUUAGUGGUCAUAACAUUUUGCUAUGUGUACAUAGAACAUACAAUGUGAGCAAUCAUAACUUAAGCUGAGCGUGUGUAAAUAUUAUCAGAUUUCUUAAACAUUUUUAACUUCUAAUUUGUACUUUAUGGUAAGGCAAAAAGCUAAUUCUAUGGUUUAGGUUAAUGUGUUCUAAAAUUAUGUAAAUAAUUAAAUAAGCUGUAAAUGAGCAGUCAAUAGAUACAGUAAUUGUUUAGUGACUUUUUUUUACUAAGUACAAUAAUUGCAGUGCUCUAGCAGAGUAAUUUAAACACCCUUUUGCAUAAACAGAUUUGGAUACCAGAUACAAAAAAAAAUACAGAAAGUACUGAGGUGCAAAAUAACCAUUUCAGCUGUAUUACUGCUAGCACAACCGGUUCUUUUGUAUGGUUAAACCGUUCAAGCAGUGGAAGAUUGUAGUUUGGCACUCAGUACUCAGCAUAAACAAAUAAGGCCUGAUUUUCACAUACAGUAAGGUACCUUUAUGUUGCUCCUGUGAGUGGCGAUGUGAAGGAAUCCAGGGUAGGUGAGAAUUCAGCUGCUGGUGAUCUCAUUACAGAAAGUCUGCAUACUGCAUCUCUUUCUGCAAUCUGUAUCCCUUAUGGUAUCUAAUAGUAGAUUUACAGUUUUUCUUUAGAAAAAAAAUAUAUAUUUGACUGUCAUUAGAUAGCAUAGUCCCCCAAAGCCAAAGAAUCUUCACUCCAGAAAUUGUUUAAAGGAAAUCUAGUAAGUCACUGCUUAACACCAAAGGUAAAGCUUAAUAAAAUGCACUAGGAAUUUUGUCUAAAUUUUUAAGAAGCAAGUGGAAUGUUGAUCAAAAGUACUGCCCUAUUCUACUUUGUAGAAAUAGUAAUAAUUUAAAUAUCCAUUAAUAUUAAAUUGAAAUAGAUCACCUCUACAAGAAUAUGCAACACGGACAUUUCGUAAGUAUAAAAUUAUUUUCUUUGUAAGUACUUUGACAAAAAAA